AUGACAAGGGUAACUAAUGGUCUCUCUAUCGCCGCGGCCGCCACACUUGAGUCCUUGGCUGAGGAAGUAGGCGCCAUAAUCCGCAAGAGGCGUAAACUUCAUGCCGAAUCCGACGCUAUCACCCAAAGGUCGACGGUGCAAGUUGAGGCUAUAAUCAACCAUUCGAUCAAGAACUACCACUCUCCCCUUCCACCAAGCCUCUUCUACGGAAUCUCUUCCUCGGUCAUCACCGCCGUCAGCAAUACGAAGAAUGGCUGCUAUGCACCGUUCAAGGAUAUCAUGGAGAAGCCGGAGUUGCCUUGUGAGGGUCUGCCCGACUUCAAGCAGGAAAGACAGUCUUAUGGUGGUCUCUCUACGAGCCCGGUGAUGAAAG